UUCUUUUCUGUUUUCUUAUCUCUUGCCCUUCUGGAAAUCUCCAAUCUCUUUGAUUUUCUGGGUUCAAACCAACGGUAUAUAUCUUUAAAGAUCUGUUCCUUUUCAAAUUCUUCCCCCUCCUUGCAUCAACCAUGGUGCUUUUAGUUUACCUAGUGGUGUUCUUAGCCUUCACCGGUCAUUCAAGUGCUACUUACUGUUUGUGCAAAGAUGGAGUGAGUGAGGAAAUGCUUCAGAAAGCACUGGAUUAUGCUUGUGGAGCAGGAGCUGAUUGUUCUCCGAUUAAUAAGAACGGUCCUUGUUUUAAUCCCAAUACAGUGAAAGAUCACUGUAAUUAUGCAGUCAAUAGUUAUUUCCAGAAGAAAGGCCAAGCUCAAGGGAGCUGUGAUUUUACAGGCACUGCCGCUGUUAGUUCAAAUCCUCCUCCAAAUGUGCCUUCUUCCUGCAGUUUUCCUUCCAGUGGAUCAAGCUCAACACCGACCACCGGAACUCCGACACCGCCGACGACCGGAACUCCGACAACGCCGACGUCCGGUACUCCGACAACGCCGACGUCCGGUACUGCGACAACACCGACCACCGGGACUCCGACAACACCGACCACGGGUAUUCCUUCGACAACGCCGACCAUGGGGAGUCCAACAACACCCACAACCGGAACAACCAACGGGAUCCCUUCAACAACCCCUACCAGUGGGACAAACACCGGGACACCGGUGUUCGGAGGUGGAACAACCUCGUUUGGCCCGUCGGGGACAACCACAGGCAUCACCGAUCCAAAUCAUGCUGCACGUGUUUUCACCGCCAAUUUUGUCUUCAGUUUUGCCGUCAGCCUUUGGGUUCUUCUUCAUCUUGUUAAUUUAAGUAAAUAAACAUGGUAUGUAUGUGGGGAAAUCAUUUGGUAGAGCCAAAAACCCAUGAGAUUAAAUUCAUAUAUGGAUGUAGUAGUAACAGUAGUAGCGAUCAUUUUAGCUUUUAAUUUUCAUGUCUUGGUCAUGUGCGAUUCCCUUUUCGGUGCUCACUAAUACAU